GCAGACGGUUUUGAUAGGCAGGAAGUAAAACUGGGGUGGGGUUUUCUUGAGAGAGCUCAGGUCAGAGUUGAGCCCUCCUCUGCCUCCCAUGCCAUUUCCCAGAAUGCACUCGAAUUCACACUGCUAUGAAUUUCCCCAUUUUUUUGAUCCCUUCCUGAAAGGUCAAGGAGAGAUGGAAGAUGUGGCCAGGGCGGUCGCUCUGUCAGAGAUGACAUGCUUCAGGUUGGACUUGAAUUUCUUGCACCUGAGCUAAUUGCUGCGGCAAUGCAUCCGCCUAUAAAAUUACAGAGCAGCUCACCCAGGGGCCCUGCAUCUGUUGCGCAUCUCAACAUCUCUCCUUCUCUGCUCUGAGGACCAGCCUGUCCUAGCAUUUCCUGGGCCCAUCCUUGGACACCAGCUCCAAUGGCGGCCCUCACAGACUUCUCUUUUAUGUACCGCUGGUUCAAAAAUUGCAAUCUGGUUCGAAACCUCUCAGAGAAGUAUGUCUUCAUCACUGGCUGCGACUCUGGCUUUGGGAACCUGUUGGCCAGACAGCUGGUUGACAGGGGCAUGAAAGUGCUUGCUGCUUGCCUCACUGAGGAGGGGGCCCAGAAACUCCAGCAGGAUACUUCCUACCAGCUGCAGACCAUCCUACUAGAUGUCACCAAGACUGAGAGUAUCAAGGCAGCAGCCCAGUGGGUGAGAGACCAAGUGGGCGAGCAAGGCCUCUGGGCCCUAGUGAACAACGCUGGUAUAGGUGUGCCCAGUGGUCCCAAUGAAUGGUUGACCAAGGAAGACUUUGUGAAAGUGAUCAACGUGAACCUGGUGGGACUUAUUGAAGUCACCCUGAACAUGCUGCCGAUGAUCAAGAAAGCCCGGGGCAGGGUGGUCAACAUGUCCAGUUCCGGAGGUCGCGUGGCUGUCAUCGGUGGCGGUUACUGCGUUUCCAAGUUUGGCGUUGAAGCCUUCUCUGAUAGCAUCAGGCGCGAGCUUCAUUUCUUUGGGGUGAAGGUCUGCAUCAUCGAGCCAGGGAACUACAAGACAUCUAUUCUGGGCCAAGAAGCUCUGCAAUCACGCAUGAAGAAGCUGUGGGAUCGGCUGCCACAGGAGACCCGGGAUAGCUAUGGAGAGGACUAUUACAUAGAGUACACCGAAAAGCUGGUUAACUUGAUGCAGAGGGCAUACUCGAAUCUCAGCGACGUCACCAACAGCAUGGAACAUGCCAUUGUCUCCAGGAGCCCCCGCAUUCGCUACAACCCUGGCCUGGAUGUCAAGUUCCUGUAUAUCACCCUGGCUAAGUUGCCCACCCCUGUGACAGAUUUCAUCCUGAGCAGAUACUUGCCAAGGCCAGCAGACAGUAUCUGAGCUGAGGAGCUCAAGGGGCGGCCAGUGGGGCCUAGGGGAGUGGGCAAGAAGCUCCGGGACCACAAGAGGCAUUGUUAUAUAUCUCGUGGGCACUGCCGGCUCACAUCUCCUCCCAUCUGCUGG